AGCCGACCUUGACCGUCUGUAAAGCAGGACUGGAGCUGUGAGAAAAGCCGAGGGAGGAACCGGCUGGUCUGAAGGUCGACUGGAUCAUCAGGAGUCCAGAGAUUAGCUGCAGCCGCUUCAGGUUCUGGUGGAGAAGAGACGUUUGAAACUUCCUGAAGCUGCAGCUGCUUCCUGGAACCGGACGUUCAUUCCCACCAGAACCUCUCAAUUCUGCAGAGGAACACUGAGCCCUCUGUGUUCCUCUGCACGUCUCUGAGGACAAAGUCGUGUUGUUGCUGCCUGUUUCCCUGCAGGGGGCGUGGCCUGGCCCGGCCCGGCCCUCCUGACCCGUAAAGACGAGCAGCGGGGAGGCGGGGACAAAGAGCUGCUCCCACAGCCCUGCAGCAUGUUGCUCCUGCUGCUGUUCUGGACCCGGCUGGCUGCGGCCCAGCAGGACCGGCACAGCAGCUCCACAGGAACAGGUCCGGUUCUGAGCGGUGAGCGGGUGGGGCCGUGCUUCGAGGAGGAUGCGGUGGCGGCGCUCCGGGAAGCCCUGCAACCGGACGGAGCGCUCUCCAACAGCAGCCUGGCCCUGUUUGGAGCCUGCACAGCGCCGGAGCGGUCCUCUGGCUCCGCCUUCUCGCUGCUUUCAGAGGAGCUGCGGAGGCCGGGCGGCGGUCUGGACGUGCUGCGCCCCGCUGCAGUGUCUGCAGCACAGGAGCAGGGGGGCGUCACCCUGACCUUUGACCCCCCAUCAUCCCCUCUGCUGGAGCUGAAGCCGGUGCUGCUGCUGGCCUUUGGGAGGCCCCCCGCCCUCGGAGGCCUGGAGGUCACGUUCAGCAGCCGCUCUCUGCAGCCGCAGACGCAGUCUGCUUGCUUCUCAGAGGGAACCGUCUUCGUCCUCCUGGUGGGCGGGGCGUCUGGCGGCUCUCCUCUCAGAUGGAGACUCUCGGCUGAAUCCAAAUCCACUGAACUGAACCAGAACCUGGUCGACGCCCUCGUUGGCGAGUCACCUGGAGGUCCGGUGGGCGUGGCCCCACUCCUGCUCUUCCCAGCGGGAACCAGCAACAGCCGUCUGCCUCCCUCUGGCUCCUCCUCCUCUGCGGUGCACACCUCCUUCCUGUGUGAGCUGAGGAGGUUCCUGGAGGGCGUGGAGCCCCGGCGCCACAGCAGACCGCCUCUGCUGCGGCUGGACUCCGUGCAGUCGCUGCCCCCCCUGCCCCUGGGCCGCUCCUCCAGCGAGGUUCUGCUGGCGGCGCUGAUCAACUCCUCCGCUCCAACCGUCUUCUACUUCAACAACUGGAGCUCCGGGUCUCAGGACCGCCGGGGAGCGCUGAGACUGUCACCGGCGCUGUGGGCGGAGCUCCAGCUGCGGCUGGAGCAGAACCAGAUGCUGAUUCUUGACCUGGCAGAGGAGGACGGGGUGUCUCCCAGAACCAGGGCCCGGCUGGAGAGGCUGAAGGACCUCAGUGCUUCUCAGCAGACGGAAGCAGCAGAGCACCACUUCUGCAGCUUCCUGCUGCUGAAGGCGCUGCAGACGGUGGCGCAGGCGCACGACCUAAGGCGGAGGCUGCGGAGCGCCCGGGCGGGCCCGGAAGGCUCCCCGGCGGACGGCGCCUGCAGGCUGAGGAGCCUCACGGUGUCCUUCGAGAAGCUGUUCCUGAGCCCACAGAGCGCCAACAUCAACAACUGCCGCGGCGCCUGCUCCUUCCCUCUGACCAACGGCAACAACCACGCCGUGCUGCUCACCUCUCACGCCGAGAGCGCGGCGGGCGAGCGCGCGCCCUGCUGCGUGCCAGUGGCCUACGACCCGCUGGAGGUCGUGGACUGGAACGACGAAGGCUCCUUCCUGUCCAUCAAACCGGACAUGAUCGCGCGGGAGUGUGGCUGCCGCUGAGCCCCCCUUUGAGGGGGGGUUCUGAGGUUCUGAUUCUGUUCAGCUUCACAUUCAUUCAUCAUUAAAGUUCUGAAUCCUAGUUUCUGGGGUUCUCCUAGGACUGUA